UAGGAAAUACGCGCAUUUUGUAACAUAGGGAAAUCAUCAGGCCUGAUGCAGCAGAUUGCAGCAGCUCUGCCUUGUUUUAUCUUUUAGGUUUCCUCGCGGAUCGCUUCUUUCUGCCAAAGCACAGUCUGCCCACGAAGGUUUCAGUACCUGCAUAACCGUGCUUCCUUUUUAACUAGACUCACACUCCUAACCUGGGGUUCAUGAGCACAUGACACAGUCGCUCCACUGUAGCCUGCUAGCGUGGAGCUAUAUGUGCACAACCAAGGAUUAGGAAGGAAGCUGCACACAGCAACGCGUUUGCAAUGGCUACCCAUAUCAGGGAUAACCCUCCAGGAGGCCAGCCCCGACAUGCAGGAGUUCAUGUUGGAAAUGCCGGAACGAACACAACCCAAGCAAUUAACUCGCGACUGUUACUGGACCUGCAAGCUGCCCUAAGCGCGGCGCUCGGUGUUAGCGGUCAGAGCCAAGCCAGCCAGAGCGACCCACUAGUCAUGAAGCUGCGCAGCGGCAUCACCGGUCUCCUGAACGCGUGUGCGGAUGCCAGUCGCCACGGUGGAGGUCUCCAGCAGGACGUUGUGACGGUGUUGUCAGUUGCCAGCUUCGUGGUCGACCGGCUGCCCACCGUGUUCUGCGGCGAGGAGGGGCUGGACACCGCCACGCUGUGCAGCCUGCUGGGCCUCCUGGUGGCGGCGGCAGGCAGAUACAGGUCGCUUGUUGACCGCAUGGUGGGUCUGCUGCUGCGGCUGGUGGAGCUGGCGGCGGGGCCGGGGGAGCGGCGGGAGCUGCUGCGGGACCUGGCGGCGGGGACCAUGGAGCUGCUGCUGGACGCCGAGCAGCAGCUGCUGCUGCUUUCUCUGCCGGCCAGCAGCUGGGGUGAGGCUGCGGCGCCAGGGGGGCUGGGGCCGGUCGUGAGUGCGUUCGAGUGCCUGUGCGCGCGGAGCAAGGCGGCGCACCGCACGCCGGGUCCGGAGCAGGGGCAGGACGCAGGGGAGCAGGCCCCGGGAGGCGGAGCGGGUGCAGGCGGGCAGCAGGGGGCGGCCCCGGAGGCCCCCGCGGACCCGGACGAGGGCCAGGCAGCUGCGGGCCCUGCCGGCGGGUCCGGUGGGCCGGUGCAGCUGACGGUGCAGCUGGGGACGGUGUCGGAGUGCCUGGCUGCCGCGGAUGCCGGCUGCGCGCUGCUGGGUGCGCUGCUGCAGCACCGCCCGCACCUGCUGGCGCCGCUGGUGCCGCCGCUGGUGCCGCAGG